UCUGGAGUGGCGUUAGCAAAUGAAGCUUCGUUUUUAUUUCCAAAAAGCCAGUUAAGUAAUACACUACAGCUAACACUGGGAGCUCGACAUGCAAAAACAUCUUAAGGAAGAAGAUGGACCUCUUCCACUGUCGUCUUUGCGUCUUUUUGUUCCUCCACUGCGUCUAGUGUCUGCAGCUCUGUGGCAAGUUGUUCAGCGGAGAGACAUAAUGGACUAUGGCUUGGUGGAGGAGUUUGUCACCACUGUGUUGGAGGUAGUUCCUGAUCUGAUGAGUUACAGAGAGCGAGUCCAACUCAUCAUGGGGCUGCGAGCACAGCUGGUCCUGGAGUUGUGUCGUACAGAUCACCUAGCCGACCCCGAGACCAUCCAGCCACACCUGAACAGGAUGAGAUCCUGUGUCAUCACUCAUAGGGAAAAGGAGAUUCCUGAUCCAGAGGUGGAGGCAUCAGAAUCCAACUUCCUGAAGCUGAUUCAAAGUCUGCUGGAAGACCCAGUUGAGAGGGAACACUUCUUCCAGAAUGUUUAUUCAGAGGAAUUCGGCCUCAAGUAUGACUCCGCACUGCAGAGUCUGGUGUGGGAGUUCCUUUCUAGGCUGGAGAAGCUGCUUCCAACACCAACCCUUCAACAGACUGCAUCUUGGUUUCUACCUGACCCUUCUGUCCUGGAGGACUGUGUGCAGUUUGUGUGUCACCCCGAGCCUUUGAAGACCCUUCUCCAGUACCACAACAACACAUAUGGAUAUGUGGACACCAAUGCUCUAUCUUCGGUCGACUACAUCCUCUCAUCGCUGUCACUCUCUCCUCUAAAGACAGUUGUGAUCUUUCCAGACCAAACUGACCCAGAGAUCAAAUCAGAACCCAUGGAGGAAACUUUGCCAUAUGAACAUAUGAACAUUCAAAGCCCCGCCUCAUCUGACAACGAUUCAGAAAUGCUUCCUUUGUUGGAGUCAGAUUACGUGAAGAGAGGAGAAGGGAUGCAUUCAGACGGAAAUUUGAAUGUUGAGAUUUUGUCUUUACAAAUUCAAGGUUCAUCUCUUCAUUCAGAAGAGGUGUGUAUACACAAGGAAACUACUGAGGGAAACCUUAAACACAAGACACCUGACAAAGAGUCAGCAAAAGAGUGGGAAAUAGAUGGAGCUUUUCACCAACCUCAAACUGACAGUGGGCUACCUCAAACUGACAGUGGGCUAAAAAUACAAAAACCUCACAGCAUCCAACAGAAAGUGCAGGACCGUUCUAGUUUGUCAACUUCUGGUCUUCUCCGUCAGCCCACAGUGCUGCUGCACCGACUUGACAUUACUGAUAUGCCGUUACCUGUGUCAUCUCCAACAUUGAGUCCAACAUUGAGACGAAAGAGACUUCAAAUUGAAAAAGUGGGAUCCAAAGGACAGAGAGCAGGACGGGUCAUAUCACCAAAAAGUAAGAGGAAUGCCAAUGGACAGCCACCACCAGAGACUGAACAAGACAGUGUAACCUCAAACGAUGACGCUCCCAAGAAAAGGAAAGCUGGUAGAGCCCUAGAGGAAGAGAAACUACACCACCACAUAAAGGACUUUCACUCAGAGGAGUGCAGUGGACAGAACAGAGAACCUUUUGACAGUGUACCUCAGUAUUCUUUGGCCCCUGACCUAUCCCAUGUAACGGGGCAGUCUAAAAGAAGCAAGCGGGUCAAAACGUGCUCUUUAUGUGGGAAGACUUUCAUUGGAGCAAAGGAUUUGACGGCACACAUGAGAUCUCACACUGAGCAGAGUCCUUACCAGUGUACCCAGUGUUUGCAAAGCUUUGAACAUCAGGAGGAUUUACAGAAACAUCAACAGAUUGGGUGUGAGGUGGCAGCUCAACCAGAAGAGGACAACAUGUCUACGGCAUCUUUUGAAGAGGAUAACAUGUCUACAACAUCUUUUGAGGAAGGGAUAGAGAUAUCCAAGCCCCAUGGCACUUCACCCCUGAGCCCAACAACUUCUAAUGUUUGUCCCACUCCAAGAGAGUUUUCCAAAUCCAGAACUUGCCAUGUGUGUCACGAAACUUUCCAUAGUGCAUAUUUAAUGAGAAAGCACCUGAAUUCCAAACAUGAUCAGCUCCCUUACCAGUGCUGUGACUGUGGAGAAAAUUUCAAGAGGAAGUUUCAUUUGAAGGAACAUAAGAAAUUGUGCUUGGCGGCGAGCUCAACAACUUCCAACAUUCGUCCCACUCCAGAUCAGUCUUCCAAAGCCAGAACAUGCAGUUUGUGUAACAAGACUUUCGACAGUCCAUAUUUAAUGAGAAAGCACCUCAAAACCCAACAUGAUCAACUCCCUUACCAGUGCCCUGGCUGUAGAGGAAAUUUCAAAAGGAAGUUUCAUUUGAAGGAGCAUAAAAAAAAGUGCUUGGUGGCGAAGAGUCUCCUCUCUUGCUCUCUGUGUGACAAACAUUUCAUUGAAGCAAGCGAUUUGACAAAACACGUGAGAUCUCACACGUAUCAGUGCACCAAGUGUUUGCAAAGCUUUGAACGUCAGGAGGACUUACAGAAACAUCUGCAGAAUGUGCUUGAGGAGUCAGCUCAACUAGAAGAGGACAACACGUCGAUGCCAUCUUUUGAGGAUGGGACAAAGAUAUCCCAGCCCAACGACACUUCCAAUGUCCUUUCCACUCGAAAGGAGUCUUCCAGAGCCAGAACAUGCCGUUUGUGUCACAAGACUUUCGACACUAUACAUUUAAUGAAAAAGCACCUGAAUUCCAAACAUGCUCAGCUCCCUUACCAGUGCCUCCAAUGUGGAGAAAACUUCAGGAAGAAGUUUAAUUUGAAAGAACAUCAGAAAGAGUGCCAUAAGCCCACUCCAACACAGUCGUCCAAAGCCAGAACAUGCCGUGUGUGUCACAAGACUUUCGUUAGUGUACAUUUAAUGAGAAAGCACCUCCAAUCCAAACAUGAUCUGCUCCCUUACCAGUGCAUCGGCUGUGGAGAAAAUUUCUACAAAAAUUCUCACUUGCUGGAACAUGAAAAGGUGUGCUCGGCGGCAAAGAGGCUCCUCACUUGUUGCGAGUGUGGUAAGACUUUUAAGCUCUCUAAGCUUAAGGGGUGUAACCAGGUGAACCAACAGCAGGCUCCUAGGGAGGCUCACCAAGAUACCAGCACAAUUCUAAUAGUAGAAAAUGGGAUGGAGAUUCCCCAGUCCUUCAGCACUACACCCCAGAACCCAACAACCUCCAAUGCUCUCACAAUUCAAGGAAAAUCCUCCAAAAUAGCCAACCAUUAUGAAACAUGUCUUUUGUGUAAUGAAAUGUUUGAAAAUGGAGAGAAUCUGAGAAAGCAUAUGAAAUUUCAACAUGAUGUUCGUCCGUACCUGUGCCUUGAUUGCGGGGAGACAUUCCAAAGCAAAUCUGAACUACAGAAACAUUCUGGCAUUCAUUUGGGCUCCAGAAAGUGUCCUUUGUGCGUAAAAAAUACUUCUCAAUCAACGCCGCAGCAUGUUCAGAGACAACAGCAAGACUCGAGGGUGUCAAGUGAGGGAGUCAACCCAAACCAGCACCAAAGGGAUGUUGAUCCAGCAGAUGGCAGUAGCUAUCUGGCAUCAAGGGAACAUGAGACAGAGAUUCCCCAGCCUUCAACCUAUCUAUGUGAUACAUGUGGUAAAGACUUCCCAUCUCUGUGCCGAUUGAAAAGACAUUUGCAAGUACAUACAGGAGAGCAGCCUUUUCCUUGCACGGAUUGUGGCAAAUGUUUUACUUGCAAGGGUAGUCUGAAAAUCCAUCAACGCCUUCAUACAGGAGAGCGGCCAUUUGCGUGCACUUUAUGCCAACAACGCUUUAUCACAAAUAAACACCUAAAAAGACAUAUGUUUACUCACACAAGGGAGAAGCCUUUUCGGUGUUCAGCUUGUGGGAAAACGUUCAAAACGAAACAAGGUUGGAGCAGACAUCAGCAAUUUAGGCGUUGUUACCUAGGAAAACAUACUAGAGCAAGUUGGCUAGAAAAUCAGAAGGACUUACAAAAACAUCAGCAGAUUGGGUAUGAGGAGGCAGCUCAACCAGAAGAGGAUAACAUGUCUACAACAUCUUUUGAGAAUGAGACAUCCCAGCCCCAUCGCACUUUAGCCCAGAGCCCAGACACAUCUAAUGUUCGUCCUACUCCAAUACAAUCCUCCAAAGCCAGAACGUGCCACGUGUGUCAUGAAACCUUCCAUAGUGCAUAUUUAAUGAGAAAGCACCUGAAUUCCAAACAUGACCAGCUCCCUUACCAGUGCCUUGACUGUGGAGAAAAUUUCAAGAGGAAGUUUAAUUUGAGGGAACAUAAGGCAAAGUCCCAUUCUACAUCAACCUCCAAAGCCAGAAAAUGCUGUUUGUGUAACAAGACUUUCAACAGUCCGUAUUUAAUGAGAAAGCACCUCAAAUCCCAACAUGAUCAACUCCCUUACCAGUGCCGCGACUGUGGACAUUUUUUAAAGCUGAAGUUUAAUUUGAAGGAACAUAAGAAAAAGUGCCCCACUCUGAAAAGACAUUUGCAAGUACACACAGGAUAACAGAAUCCUUGCACAGAUUGUGGCAAACGCUUCACUUUGAAGGGCAGUUUGAAAACCCAUCAACUACUUCAUACAGAAGAGCGGCCAUUUGUGGUCCUCUGUAGCUCAGCUGGUAGAGCACGGCGCUUGUAACGCCAAGGUAGUGGGUUCGAUC